CACUCGAAGCGUCGGGUUUUUCUUCACUCCGGCAAUCAUCUCGUAAAGGAGACAAAUCGAAACGGUAAAGUGCACACAUUUCCUUCUCCACUACGAGCUAAAAAUCAUCAAUUUUUACGAUCCAGCUUCCUAUCGAAAACUUUAGACGAUCUUCACCGUUGAUUUCAGUCUAAUGCCGCUCAUUCUUCAUUAGUAACCGUCGUUUUCUUUCCUCAUUUCGAUGCUCUUCCGCCUUCUCGUGCAUGUUCUACUCCUCGAAGAUUUUCGGGUUGCUUUUCGUGCAACUUGUAAUAUAUGAGUUGAAAUGGGCGUUUCCGAUAAUAUGCUGCAUAAAGAGACAUUAAAAGUGGCAAGUUGUAGUCAUUCUGAGGGAAGGCUGGGAAGAGUGUCAACUGAAAAUGGUCACUUUGCCCCUGCACCCAAGUAUAAGCAGCGUAAAGUUUCUGUUGUUCGGAAUUUUCCACCAGGGUGUGGAAGGUUGGCUGCACCAAUCGAUAGACCAAGUGAGCAAGCGGUGAAAUCCCACCCUGGUGAGAGCAGUUUGGAGAAGACUUCGGCAAGAAAUUAUCGUCCUCGUAGAGGAGUCACUGUUGUGAGAAACUUCCCUCCAUUUUGUGGAAGAAAUGCUCCACCUCUUAGCGAGGAGGAGCGCAUGAAAUGGCUUACCUCUCUAAAGGACAAAGGUUUCAAUCUAGAGAAGUUUGUAAAUGAGGAAAAGCCCUCAGAGAAGACUAUAUGUACUGAUGUGAAACAAGUGAUAGAGGAUGUUCAGGAUGUCAAUGCUCUAGAAGGUAAAAUAGAAGGUAGUGCUCCUACACUCUCUGCAGAAGAAAUUCAAUCUAAACCUGAAGAGCUGGCUUCUGAAAAAAUGAGGAAGCUAUGUGCUUAUGAAGCUUCAUCCAGGAAUGAUAUGGAUGAGGACAAGGAAGAUAUGAGAGAAAAGAGCAUCAAGUCUCCUUGCGAAACUUAUCCAAAUGAAUUUGAUAGCAAGUCCAAGCAAGUUAGUGAGACAAGUGAUGGAUAUGUUAGAGGUUUGGAGGAAAAUCCAAUACAUGAUAUUGUAAUCUAUGCUGAGGACAAGAGUUUUGAGACAAAGCUUUCUGAUUCACCUGCCUUUGAGGAUCAAUUGCUGGAGGAGGACUGUGGGAGUCAAGAAGUUUUAUUGGAUGGGUCAAUUGUGCAAGGCCUCAUGGCUUCAUCAACUUGUCCUCUGCCACAAGGGAAAGUGACCUGCAAACGUGACCUGGGGGGUGUUUCAUUUAAAAGAAAAAGAAAGAACAAUUUCAUAUUGCUACCAAGGGCAAACCAUGCUUUAGUAGCAAAUAAGAAUGAAGCAGAGAGCCCUGAAGAAACAUGUAUUAAGAAGAAUUCUUCUCCCACAAGGCCUUAUAAAGGUCUUGGUCAAGUGGUUAUCAGGGACAAGGAAGAAUCAAUCCAACAGGAUGGACUAUACACAGAUGAUAAUUUUGCUCUGAGAUCAUACAGUUAUGAUGUGAGUCUUCCUCCUUCUUGUCCAAGUAGUGUGUGUCAUGAUAAUGAUGCAAUUACUACUCGGAACAAAGUGAGAGAGACAUUACGCCUAUUCCAAGCCAUUUGUCGGAAGCUUUUACAGGAAGAAGAAUCAAAGUUGAAUGGAGAAGGAAAGACCUUUAAGAGGGUGGAUAUCCAAGCUGCAAAGAUUCUCAAAGAGAAAGGGAAAUACAUUAACACAGGCAAACAGAUCAUUGGACCUGUACCAGGUGUUGAAGUUGGUGAUGAGUUUCAUUAUUUUGUGGAGCUCAAUAUUGUUGGCCUUCAUCGCCAAAGUCAGGGUGGUAUAGAUUACGUAAAGCAAGGUGAUAGGAUCAUUGCUACUAGUGUUAUAGCAUCAGGGGGCUAUGACAAUGACUUGGAUAACUCAGAUAUCUUGACUUACAUGGGUCAGGGAGGGAAUGUUAUGCAGAAAGGUAAGCAACCGGAAGACCAGAAACUUGAAAGAGGAAACCUUGCUUUGGCAAAUAGCAUAUUUGUUAAGAAUCCAGUGAGGGUUAUUCGCGGUGAGACAAGGUCUUCUGAUUUGUUAGAAGGUAGGGGUAAAACAUAUGUUUAUGAUGGCCUCUAUUUGGUGGAGGAGUGUAAGCAAGAAUCAGGACCACAUGGUAAGCUUGUCUACAAAUUUAAGCUGGUCAGAAUUCCUGGUCAACCAGAGCUUGCUUGGAAAGUUGUAAAAAAAUCUAAUAAAUCUAAAGUGUGGGAAGGGCUGUGUGCACAUGAUAUCUCACAAGGGAAGGAGGUAAUCCCCAUUUGUGCUAUAAACACCAUAGAUAGUGAAAAACCUCCACCAUUUGUGUAUGUACCUCACAUGAUCUAUCCUGACUGGUGCCACCCUAUUCCUCCCAAAGGUUGUGAUUGUAUUGAUGGAUGUUCAGAAUCUGGGAAAUGUUCCUGUGCAAUGAAGAAUGGAGGAGAGAUCCCAUAUAACCAUAAUGGGGCCAUUGUUGAAGCAAAGCGCCUUGUCUAUGAAUGUGGUCCUACUUGCAAGUGUCCUGCUUCUUGCUAUAAUAGAGUGAGCCAGCGUGGCAUAAAAUUUCAGCUUGAAAUCUUUAAAACAGAAUCGAGAGGCUGGGGUGUUAGAUCCCUAAAUUCUAUCCCUUCCGGAAGUUUCAUCUGUGAGUAUGCUGGAGAGCUCCUCGAAGAUAGAGAAGCUGAAGAAAGAACAGGGAAUGAUGAGUAUCUGUUUGAUAUUGGAAACAACUACAGUGAAAGUUCUCUGUGGGAUGGUCUUUCAACCCUAAUGCCUGAUGUGCAUUCAAGUGUUUGCCAAGUUGUGCAAGACAGUGGUUUUACCAUCGAUGCAGCACAGCAUGGCAAUGUAGGGAGAUUCAUAAACCAUAGUUGUUCACCUAAUUUGUAUGCACAAAAUGUCCUUUAUGAUCACGAUGACAGGAGAAUCCCACAUAUAAUGCUCUUUGCUGCUGAAAAUAUUCCUCCCUUGCAGGAGUUGACAUACCAUUACAAUUAUAUGAUAGAUCAGGUUCGUGAUGAGAAUGGUAACAUAAAGAAGAAAUUUUGCUAUUGUGGUUCUUCAGAGUGCACUGGUAGGCUGUAUUGAAGCAUGACACCAAAAACUCUUUUGGAUUCCUGAAGAAGCACUGACUUUUUGCACUGCAUUACAAUAUCCAGAUGCUGCACUAUCGUAUGCUUCAUUCAUGUUCAAAUUUCAUGCUUGCCAAGACUAGCUGCCCGCCGCAGAAUGUUUAUGAUGCCCUCCUUGUUUGCUUGUAUCAAUGUAUUGGAGACCUCUUUAUGGUUAUAUUCUUCACAGCUGUUCCUAGAAUAUAAUUUUUGGGCAAAAAUGUACUUCUAAGACGCAUGUGAGGAAGCUAAUUGCAGAGUUAAUGUUACAGACUUGCAUGUGCGGUGUAAUCAUUUUGACAAACUACUCUACUUUACAGGGAAAAUAUAGAAAAAUAGUCAAAUAUAGAAAUUUCCCCACCAA